AUGACUUCUAACAUCCACGUACGCCAGACUGCCUCGUCGUCAGUCCCGAACCCCCGUCGGAAGCCAGUACCGAAGGCUACGUGUAUCUCUGUACCAUUCAUGUACACUCCCUCAGACGACGGCACCGAUGAGAAUCUGUUAAUAUUACUUCAUGGACUUGGUGACACGCACACCCCGUUUUCUUCCCUUGGUCGAUCACUCAAGCUUCCCCAGACUGCAACUCUAGCUCUCCGUGCUCCAGAGCAGAUUCCUUAUCUUUACUCCCCAGCGUACCAAUGGUACACUUCUUUCGACCUCCUCGGAGACAUCGUCCCUCCUUCUCAACAAAAUCCAACUCCAGCGCUCAAAUUACUCCAUGAUCUCGUAUCUCAUCUCACUGCACCCAUGUCUGGCUCUGCGUCAUCGUCCACAACGGUGACAGGAUGUGGGUGGCAAUUGAACCAGAUUCAUUUAUUCGGAUUUGCACAGGGCGGCACUGUCUGCGCCGAAUUCGCACUCGAUGUAUGGAAGAAAAGUCUCUCGGUCGCUACUGAUUCGCCACCACCCGGCACUUUGGGUUCUGUAGUUUCUAUCUCCGGACCGUUACUCUCUUACCCAACGCUGUCACGACAUUGUCCAACCCCAAUUUUGGUCUUCCAUCGCCCUUCACCAUCAGAAGAGGCUCUUCCGAAAGACGCUAUGACGUCCUUCAAAAAGGGGUUCUCCAGCGUCGCGGUAAUCGAGGCAAAGAAGGGAAAGGGAGGGAUGCCAGGAUCGAGAGAGGAAUGGGAAGGUAUCAUGAGGUUCUGGAGCGAGAGACUUGGAAGGCGAAUGCCGAGCCAGGAUGGUGAGGAGGGGCUGUACGAGGUUCUUACUGGGACAUAG